ACCAUAACCAAUGAAGCUUCCGGUAGCAGAUCGGGUACCGACGACCGACACCGCCCCUCUCAGCUGUGCACAGGCGGCCAUGUUGCCUCCCAGUGGUUGCUUCUUGCUUGCUUGCCUUCUGCUUGUUCCGGUAUCUCCGUGUAGCUUUCAGAAUGCGUUGCUGCUGCUUGAACGCAGUAGCCGUUGCUUUCCAUAGGCCUACUGUCCUCUACCAGUAAAGAGAGCAAGCUAGCGCAUACAUACACUUAUCGUGGCAUGUAAUGCUGGAGGAUUUUACAACUUGAUUUUUUUUCGGACGUAUUUUAAGGACAUCACCUUCGUAACACGAGUGUUUGGUGUUCCAAGUGUUGCCGUCCUUAUUUGAAUCACGCACUCGGAAAUAGAGGAGACGGCGCUAUUCAUGGAUAUUUGAUUUUUCUGGACUGCUUAUUAGCCAGUGCGCUUGCUGACCAGACGUUACCCCUCGGAUUAGUAGCUAACGUUACCUAGCUAGCGCAAUUCCACAGCAGACCACAAUACUUGCUACGGUUGCUAGCUUCAUAUCUACUUGGAUGUAACGUUAACAUUAGCUGACUAGCUGGCUGAUUUUCUUGACCAAGCGGCUUAUUUCCAGACGCAAUUGUCCCUCACUUCAAACCAGGAAGAACAUUUUUGUGCUAAAUAUUCACACCAGCAAACGUUAACGUUACCUCGUUAAAGUUAUUUGUCAGGCAACGUUGAUUAUUCAUUUUUCUGCAGCGAAGGUCGGUCGAGUUGGAACCGAUUUAGACCGGCCUGAUGUAUUGAAUCUACGGACUUGAUUUUGGACUGCCUCAACACUCACACAGAUCCGACAUUUUAAACACCAGUUUUUUUCUCCUUUCUCUUUUUCCUUUUUAAAACCUAAUGUGGGUGUGCAAAUCAAGAGCAGUUGGUUUUAUGAAGUGCAAGACCGUGACACGUUGAUGUGUUUCCUUUGUUGGAUUGCCAGUUGAUGGUAACGUUAACGUUAACUAACGUUAAUUUGGACUGGCUAUCAGUACUGUAAUCUAUUUUCUGUUUGUCUAUUUCAUAAAUCAGCCCGUGCAGUUGUCGGGAUCAGCAAAUCAGGACAUUGACGGUUAACCUUAGAGUGAUUAUAAAUUCUGACGUUUGGAAAACUUUUGCAACCCAAUUUUUCACCUCUGUUGACAUGGACACGUACUUGUAAUGUGGGAUUCAACUUGUUGAUCUUUGUCUGCGUGGCUAGCUAGCUUGCUAGCUCUUUGGACCUUUUUGAUCCUUGGUCCUCGACCAAAAGGACAGUAAUAACCUCUACCGCUAAAUGUGUGUAUGAUUCUUAGACAUUUUUCUUCAUCCCCGGACCCCUUUUUGAAGAUCCCUGACCAAAAAUGUCAUCCCGGCCUCCGUUACUAACUGUCAUAGAAAACUCGUCAGGUCAGACACACACGGACUCCAAGGGAGGAGGCCGUCCCAGCAUGCCGCGCUGCCGGAACUCUGUUGCCACAUCAGCAGAUGACCCACAUAUCGGCAACUACCGGCUGCUCAAGACCAUCGGCAAGGGCAACUUUGCCAAGGUCAAGCUAGCCCGGCACGUCCUGACGGGGAAGGAGGUGGCAGUAAAGAUCAUAGAUAAGACACAACUGAACUCUUCCAGUCUUCAGAAACUCUUCCGGGAAGUGAGAAUCAUGAAAGUCCUGAAUCACCCAAAUAUUGUGAAAUUAUUUGAGGUGAUUGAGACAGAGAAGACUCUGUAUUUGGUGAUGGAGUACGCCAGUGGAGGUGAGGUAUUCGAUUACCUUGUUGCUCAUGGGCGGAUGAAGGAGAAGGAGGCCCGUGCCAAAUUCAGACAGAUUGUCUCAGCAGUUCAGUACUGCCAUCAAAAGUGCAUUGUACACAGGGACCUAAAGGCAGAGAACCUGCUUCUGGAUGCAGACAUGAACAUAAAAAUUGCCGACUUUGGCUUCAGUAACGAGUUCACGGUGGGGAACAAGCUGGACACGUUCUGCGGCUCGCCGCCGUACGCAGCCCCCGAGCUCUUCCAGGGCAAGAAAUACGACGGGCCUGAAGUGGACGUCUGGAGCCUGGGCGUCAUCCUCUACACGCUGGUCAGCGGCUCGCUCCCCUUCGAUGGGCAAAACCUGAAGGAACUGAGGGAGCGUGUACUGAGAGGGAAAUAUCGUAUCCCCUUUUACAUGUCCACUGACUGCGAGAACCUGCUGAAGAAGUUCCUUAUUCUCAACCCCUCUAAGAGAGGCAGCCUGGAACAAAUUAUGAAGGACCGCUGGAUGAAUGUCGGUUAUGAGGACGAGGAGCUGAAGCCGUAUCUAGAGCCUGAGCUCGACUAUAACGACCCCAAGAGGACAGAUAUGAUGAUACAGAUGGGCUUUUCCCAGGAGGAAAUCAGAGACGCUCUUGUCAACCAAAAAUAUAAUGAGGUCACAGCAACCUUCCUAUUGCUGGACUACAGAAACUCAGAGUUGGAAGAGAGUGUCAACCUGCCAACGAAGGCCCGGCCAGGAAGUGACCUCACGAACAGCAAUGCCCCAUCGCCGCCUCACAAAGUACAGCGCAGUGUGUCAGCGCAGAAACCUCGGAGGGCGACAGAUCAGGGCUCAUAUUCAAAGCGCGCUCAGGGCGACAACAAACACACCACUGAAGACACCGGACGCAAGGGCUCCAGCAGCUCAGCCAAGGUGCCGCCCAGUCCCGUCACUCCCAGUGACCACAAGAAGAGCUCGACCCCCUCCUCUAACUCUAUCCUGUCUACUGGCACGAGUCGCAGCCGAAACUCUCCAAUCGCUGAGAGGUCCACGCUCGGGGUCCAUAAUGGCAAAGACAGCCUGAACACUCCUGGGUCCCGCGCCUCCACGGCCUCAGCUGCCGCCGUGCUCUCCUCAUCCUCCUCCUCCUCCUCCUCACGCUCCCGACAUCACAAGUCCCAGUCCACCUCCGCACACCCCUGUCCCACUGACCUGCACACACACCAGCGCCCCAGUGCCCCCCCACAAAGGGCUCCUGGCGCAUCCCCCUCAGCUCACAACAUCAGCAGCGCAGCGGCGGGGGACCGUACCAACUUCCCACGAGGGGUGGCCAGCCGCAACACUUUCCACGCCGGGCAGCAGCGGGGGGCGCGCGACCAGCAGGGCUCGCCCUACCACGGGCCGCCCGCCUCGCCAUCCCUCUCCCACGGCAACAGCCAGCAGAGGAGGCCGGCCGCCUCGGGCAUUUUCAGCAAGUUCACCUCCAAGUUUGUGCGCAGAAAUCUGUCAUUCAGAUUCCCCAGAAGGAGUCCGUAUGAGGCAGAGGGUCGGGAGGAAGGGAGCAGGUCCAUGCUCAGCAGUACGGUGGAUAAGUCUGAGAAGAGCGGAGGAGGUGGCACUCUGGGCUCUGCGGGCGACGAGAACAAGGACUCCUUCAGCUCCUCGUCCCCAGGCAGCGGCACCCCGCCACCGGUUUCUUCACUGGCCCCGACCUCGGCCGGCCCGCCGGGCAGCGGAGGAGUCGGAGGCGGCGGCGGCAUGGGCACGCUCAAGGACCAGGCCAAGCCGCGCUCGCUGCGCUUCACCUGGAGCAUGAAGACCACGUCGUCCAUGGAGCCCGGUGAGAUGAUGAAGGAGAUCCGCAAGGUGCUGGACGCCAACAGCUGCGAGUACGAGCUGCGCGAGCGCUUCAUGCUGCUGUGCGUGGCCGGCAACCCGGCGCGCGACGACUUUGUCCAGUGGGAGAUGGAGGUGUGCAAGCUGCCGCGACUCUCCCUCAACGGCGUGCGCUUUAAACGUAUCUCGGGCACAUCCAUCGCCUUCAAGAACAUUGCCUCCAAGAUCGCCAACGAGCUCAAGCUGUGAGGAGGAGGAGGAGUGAUGGAGGGCACGGAACGAGGGAUGGAUGAGUGGAGGGAGGGAG